AUGGAAGAAGAUGAGGAUGACUUCUACGGCGAAGCUGGCGGUGUCAAGCAAGAGCAAGCAGAGGAUGGCGACGACAAAGAGGAGAAGAUGGACGUGAGCGACGACGAGGAAGAAGAAGACAGCGAUGAUGAUGUCCAAUUCACACUCGAGAAGCCUGAAGGCGCAAAAUCAGAACCACCGGCAAAACAACAAAAGACCCACCACGACCGCACAACAUCCGAAUCAAGACCCCCGAAGAGCAGCACACCCAUAAAACAAGAAACCGCCAAAGAGCCUACACGAGCAGGCUCGACAGCACCACCCACAGCCCUCAAAGGCACCCUCACUCACAACGGCAAAGAAGGCAAGGACUAUCCGGAAGUACGGACAAGCAAGAUUGAUGUCGACGGUACACCUAUAUGGCCACCGAACGGCAAACUCAUUACCGAAGUGGAUAUCGACGCCGACCUCGCAGAGAGCUCGAAACCAUGGCGGUUACCAGGCACCGAUAUCACCGAUUUCUUCAACUACGGAUUCGAUGAGUACACCUGGACAUCGUACUGUAUCAGACAACAGAUGAUGUCCAACACCAUCGGCGAGCAAAAGCAGCAAGAUGCGCAGAUGAAAGCACUGCUAGGAUCUGGAGGCGGCGGCGGAGGUGGUGGAGGAAUGCCAGGAAUGCCACCUGGUAUGCCCAUGCCAAGUCCAGAGCAGAUGGAGAUGAUGAUGCAGUCAGGCGGGUUUCCUCCCGAGUUCAUGCAAAUGAUGCAGCAAGGUAUGCCAGGAGUGGGAGGAGGACAGGGUGGCGGUUUCCAAGGCGGUGGGUUUGGAUCGGGACAGAAUAGCGCCUCGCCGCAUCCUCAGGGUGGGCAGGGUUUCCAGCCGCCUCAAGGGCCCAGUGGUGGGCAGGGACAGCAGGGUGGCUUCCCACCAGGCAACAUGGAGGGCUUCAGUCCGCAGCAGAUUGCCAUCAUGCAGCAGGAGCAGGGCCAGAUGGGCGGUGGUGGAGGUGGCAGGGGUCGCGGUCGGAAUCGAAGAGGCGGGUGGUAG